AUGUCCAAGAUCGACACUCUCCUAGCGACCGUCGACACCCUAACGGCACGAUCCGACCGGAUCGCCUCGUCGGUUGCCGAAGCCAACAUGCUAAUCUCGCUGAUUCUCCAUGUCAACAGCUCCAUUGCCAGCGCCGAUGGCCAGAUCGACUCCAUGACUAGUCUCAUCAACAAAAGCAACAUUUGUCUCAACGAACUAGAAAAACUAUACGAGAAAUCUUAUUACCUCGAGUCGAAUCUUCAUGUGAACGAAGCGUACAUAAGCGAGGCUUCGCUUGAUAGCUUGGCCAAGGAGUAUGAGUAUGUGUUGACGAGUUUGAGCUUUGGCGGCAAUGGGCUGCAAAACCUUUUACAGCCAAUGCCGCCGCUGCCACAAAUGUCUGACCGCGCGCUCAAGAACAAGCUCUCGCUCCUGAAUUUGGAAUUGAAGCCCAUUCGGUGUAAGCAGUCGCGGGUACAGAAGCAAAAGUCCCGCUACCGACUUUCGGCCGCUUACACGCUCAACCCGGUCCAGGAAGUGCGCAAUGUGCUGCACAGCUCGCGCGAUACCUAUGAGUCGAGCGUCAUGGACCAUGCUAGCGAUGCCGAAACGGAGACAUCAAUGGAAGAAGAGACUGAAAAGAAGGAAAAUAGAGGAUACAAUGCGCGGGAAUCGCAGCCUCGAUAUUUCGAAGACGAACACACACAUACUUUGCAACUUUUGCAGCGUCGUGAUGUGGAUUUGCAGCCAGAGCGUAAUUCGCCUCAAUUAGAAGCUAACGUGCAUCAAGAGCAUCUGCUACAACAUGGCGACAUGCAGCAACAUAGACUGCAGCUGCCACUGCAUCACAAACAAAACGAUAUGCAACUGCCAUCACGUCAGAAAUCUCAGAAAUCUCCGCUGCAUGCGCAUUUACAGCCUCAUGAGCCUGCCGCUCAUAAUAAUCUGCACCCACUCCACCUGCAUUCGCCUGAUUUGCAUCAACUCGAUCUAGACAUGCAUGAACCACAUCUCCCGCCCUCUCCGCUAGGGUUUGGCUCGCUCGACGUACGCGCGCUCGACUUGGACACGCUCGAUGACUAUGACUUUUCCCUCCUGGCAUCGCCCGGCUCAGAGGAUUCGCCUGAGUCGGUUCGCUCACGCAAGUCGUCGCGUGCCCCCAAAGUGGAUGACAUUGACAAUUUCCACCGCUAUCUUCGCCGAUCGCGCAUCGAUCUCCAGGCCGCCAUCCAGCGCCUCCCGCUUGAGCGCUCGCGCUCGCAUGAGUCUGUGUUUCUGGACGCCGCCCCAAUCCAACGCCCUACAGCAGAAUCCACGCCACGCUUCCAUAACCCGACCGAUCGGAUUGUGGCCGCACAUAAGGGCGCCGUCAUCCUUCCACCCACAGUGGAAACCGUGUACCUGAAUUCAUUCGAGCAGCCUCUGGCAUUCCGUGACCCUGCGCAUCACGACCUCAAAGCGCUCUCACUCAAGUUUCUUCAACCUGAAGCGCCGCCAGUGACGCCAAAGAAAAAUAACUUCACCUUUUUCAGUUACUUGAAUUCCCCUGCACGCACCGAUCCCUCUCCAAGCAAACUGGACCGUGCUCGCCGUGGCAGUGUGGAAGUCCUUGGGAAGUCUCUAGCUUCAGGUUUCCGCAGUUUGGUUGCGCCUCGGAGCGAUGCCCUGCCCGCUCAGCGGUCGAGAUCAUCGCCGCCUGAGAAAAUCAAGCAGAUGCGUCGUGACAUUCGUGAACCAAUCUCGGCUCGCAGUGACACCGUGUGCAAACGGCUUCCACCGCAACAAACUGAGCGGCAACUCAAGAACGGCAGCCACUCGUCGUUGACCAUUGGACCCAACAAGACAAAAAUCAUCAACCACGGCCAAACGCUGCUCUUUAAAAAACCCACAGUGCGUCGUAUGAGUCUGACACUUCUCCGUGAGGCGCUCAAUGACUCAAUUCUCUUUUGA